AUGGCGGACCGUAAGUAUCGGGUGAUCCGCCCUCCGGCGGGCAUGGAGAUGGCCGAGUAUCCGGAGCUUCAUCUGGGCAAGUCGGGGAACGAGGUCCGCUGCGCGCUGGUGGAAGACGCGUUCAGAUUUCUCCGGGUUUGGGGGCUGGACGAGUCGCGCGGGCGAUGCAAGUGGGCGCUGAAGCAUCGCGUCGACCUUCGGCAAGCGCUGGCACGUGGGAUGUGCCGUCGGGAAGAAACCGACGAGCGUUGGAUCCUGGAAAAUGUCAACGACGGCGGCGGCGGCUCCGACGGAGAAGAAGAAGGCGACGAUCAGGCACCGGCCAAAUCUGAUUAUAUGAGUUUCCUCGGGUUCCAUCCUUUUGAGGAUGUCGUCUUCUUGUGCGAUACUUUGACGAGGGGGUUGGCCUAUCAUUUGAAGCGCUCGAGGCUUGAGUACAUGGGCAUCCUGCGUCCAAGGCACUACGGCCAUAUCGCUGGCUCGGUUGCAGGUGUAAAUGCAUCUUUUCCCUACACGCCCUGUGGGAUGGGGGAACUGUCGUAA